AUGUACGGACGUAGUGACGAUGCGGAGUGUCAACGUUGUUCCACGUAUACAGCAAACACAACGGUACCGAGCACUAAAUACUUCCUCCGCAAAUUCCGCGAAGAACUAGCGAACGUCUCUUUCGCCUUCCCUAUACGGAUACUCGCCCUUCAUUCGGUACCGUGGUACAUGUUCGGACACCACAUAAGCCUCGGGCAAUCGGAAAAUUAUGUUCAAGCAUGCAUACGCACUGCUCUCCGCCCUCUGACGUCCCUCGCCUUGCCUGACAUGUUCCGCCUCUUCUGGGUCCUUACUUUCAUCUUCGCACUUACACUUAAGCUCAAGCUAGCACGCGCAUUACCACAAUGGGACGGCGGGUGUGCCACACAACCACAUAGCUCAAUAGGAUCUCUCGUCCCCGGCGCAACAGUUAUUGAAGCUAUUUCAGAGGGUAUCGAUUACAGGCAGUAUCGUCCGAAGUAUCUGAGUAUACCUACGACGAAAGGAGUCGCAGGACCCGCGACAAUAUUCGAGAACACCUCACCCCCAUUAUUCUACAUCCACAACGGUCAACUCUGGCAACCUACAAACCUAACCUCCAUCCUCCGCGUGAACGUCCUAAACGUCACAGCAACCAACGACUCGUCAGGUUCACCCCACCCAGCACCGUUAAAAAUCGAAUUAGGUGAAGAUGCAAAGGGAUUGGACGGAACUUGGCGCUGGAGAGGGACGAAAUUGUUUUUCGACUAUGGGAAACGUACGAACAAUGGCUUGUAUUUCUCGUGCCCGACACGGAAUGGAAGAGCUGUGUAUACGUCGCUUGAUUCGAUGCCUGCUCCACCGGGCUGCAAGUUCAUGACAUUACACAGUUUCGCGGAGAGGCCAGAAAGACUAUGAAAUUUAGGCUUAACCAGUUCUAAUAACUUACCUUAUGUAUUACCAUUCAC